AUGAGAAAAGUAUAUGGAGUUACAGUUCAAAGGCUGAAAGAUAUCUAUGCCAAGAGGGAGCAAUGGAUCAAGCUUGUCAAAACCAACAAUCUAGGUACCAAUAGAGGAGCAAAGAGAGGGAAGAGGAGAAAAGUCAAAAAUGCAAAGAUAAGAUCUGCUGGAGGUGGGAGAAAAAGAGAGUAUCAGGAGCAGAUCAGCAAGCUGAAGGGAUGGCUCCAGCAAGAAAGGUCAUUUGGCCACAACAUCUCAAAAAGAGAGUUGUUAUCAGAAUUCUGCUGCUACUUGGUUCAGUAUGCCAAAGAUCUUCUGAGCCAAGCUGAUCAGAUGGCAGCAGCAGACAGCCCUUUGAUGCAGGCCAAGGUGAAGCUGAUGAGAAAGGAAGCAGAUGCAGCAAUGGAGAGGAAGAAGAAGUUGAUGAAUGGGAGCACUUCCUAUGGCAGGAACUAUACAGACAAGCUUAUAGAAUGGAUAGGAGCAUCCUACAUGCAGAAGGAGCUGUCACAUAAGCUGUCUGCCAUUGAGUCAAAAGCCAGGGCUCAGCUGACAUAUCAAGCAGCUGAUGAGGCAGCUUUGGAGGAAUCAGGGUUGGUUUCCAAUCCAGCAGAAGUGAUUGAGGCAAGGAAGAACCUUUGCAUCACUAUGUCUGAUCAAGUUCCCAUUUGGGGCAAAGCUGUGAGUCAGAAGAUCAUUUUUGCAGAGCAUGAGCUGGCAGGAUGCAGGUACCAAGAUGCAAAGAAUUUCAGCGAGAUCAGGGAGGAGAUGGCAGCAGUUCAAGCAAAAGUGAAAAACAAUGCAGCGCAGAUCAUCACAGCUUGUGAAGAUGUAGGCUUUAAAAAAAUUGCAGGCAUGAGGACAAUGUCAGCAAACAGCUAUGAUGAGAAGUACAGGCUGACAUAUGAAGCCAGACAGAAGAUUUACAACAUUGUUGGUGAAGGUCCCUUGACAGGGCAAGUUGCCAAAGGCUUGCUUGUCUUUGGAGGACAGCAUGCAAGAUUGAGCAAUGUAGAUGAGCAUUGCAAGUGGAUAGAGACAGAGGAGUUCCUGAUUGGAGACAAUCAGGUGAAGCAUGAGGCAGGCCAAGUCUGCAAAGUCAUGAAGCCCUUUGUGAAGCUCAGGAAUGAGUUUCCAGACCUCUUUGAGAAGAUCUCCAUCAUGACCCAGCCAGCAAGCAACUGUGAUGGAGUGUUGAUGAAGUGGAUUGCAAUGGAGCAAGCCAUGCAGGAGCCAGCAGGAAUAGCAAUCAAAGACUCAUUUGCUGCAAAUUUUGCAGCUGAGACAGCACAGGCAGAGCACAUUUGCAACAUAGCAUCAGCUCACAUCUUAGGCCACAUGACUGCCCAGUUGCAAGUCACAGACACAGACUUUGCACGAGCUUUUAAGCACAAGUUCAAGCAUGAGUUGGAUGCUAUGAGGAGGGAUUACAAGAAGGAGAAAGGCAAUGAGAAGGGAUUCAGCAUUGGCCAUGAGCAAAUCAUCAAAGCAGCAGUAUCCAGCCAAGACUACAUGGAGGAACUGAAUGAGAAGAACAAUUGGGUGGUGGAGGCAGCCAUCAGAAAUGGUUUAGUGGCAUACAGGUGCAGCCCAUCAGGUGAGUUGAAGAAGAUCACAGAUGAGGAGUGGGCAUGCAAGAUGGGAACCAAGAGGAUCCCAUCAGACUGGCUGGAGCCAAGGUACUCAUGGCUGCAGGAUGGAGUUCCAUCAAUACCAGAUUUCAGCCUGAGUCGAGAUGCAUCAUGCAUCACAGACCUCAUCAGCUGGAGCUAUGAUCAUCCAGUUCAGGCCGGAGAGGAGGAAGAGCAUCAAGUCCCAGCAGGAGAUGAGAAGGAACAUGCAGAGAAGGAGCAUGAAAGCAAGCAUGAGAUGGAGGCAGCAAAGGAGAAGUCAGAACUUGAUUUCACAGACAUCAGUGAUGAGAGAUGGUUGAGCAAGAAGCUGCUGUCCUCCAUGAGCAAGGAAGAAGCAUUAGGCCAAAUCAAGGCCAGAAGCAACAAAAAGAAAAGGAUUGGCAAGAGACUGUUGAAGAAGAGCAUCAAAGAAAAACCAUCAGCAAAGACAAAAGCGAGUUUGAAGAAUAAACCACCAGCAAAGGCCAAGCUUGUGAAGAAGAACAGCAUGAAGAAAGUUGGUGAUGGAGUUGGUAAAAAGCUUCUGGCCAGCAUGAAGAAAGAAAUGCAGCUUACAGAGCAUGCAGGUGAAGAGAAGCCACCAUUGCCACCACCAUCAGAACAUCCUUUGAUGGGCCUAGAGGUCAGAAUCACAGAUGAGCAGGCUGGGCCCAAAUCUUUUGGAAAGACAGGGACAUUGAGCAGCAUCAAUGAGCACAAGGCCACUGUCUUCACAGCCAGUGGCACCAUCAGCUGUGCCACAAACCACAUUGAGGAAGAAAGAGCAGAGUGGAAGAAGCCAGUGCAACAUAAGAACUUCAACUCCUUGAGCAGAGCAGUGAUGCAGAAGAUUUUGGAAGUCAUGGCUUGUUUCCCUCAGCCCUUUGUCGAGUACUCAUUGCAGUUGCAGCCCAUUGAAGCAGAUGGGUAUCUAGAAGAUGAGCAUUUAGUUGCAGCUUGGGAGUGGAUGAGAUACAGCUUGAAGAUUCCCUAUGAGGUUCAGAUGCUGGAUCCAGCUUUGGUAGCCAGAUUGAGCACCAAUUUGACCAGUGAGGAUGAGGAGACAUUUCAGCAUCUCCAGGCAAGCAUUUUGAGUUUUGCAUCAGGUGUGGAGAUCCUCCUUUGCCCAAUCCAGGGCCACAGUCCUGCACAUUGGACAUUGCUUGUGAAGGAUUCAUCAGGCUGGAGAUACUAUGAGACUUUGAGCAGCUUGCACAAAGAGUGCCAUCAGAGAGCAGUUGCUUUGAUCAGCUUGUUUGAUUCAGUGGAGAAAGAUCAAGUCCAGCUCCAGCGAUGCAAUCACAUCAAGCAAAAAAAUGCAGAUUGUGGCCUUUUUGUCAUUGCUUACAUGGAGCAGGAGGCAUGCAGAAGCACAUCAGGUCCAGCCAGCAGAGGCUGGCCAGACCACCUGCAGAGUGAUUGGAAGAUCAAGGUGCAGAAGCUUCAGAAGGCAUUGCAGACAGAGUUUGAUAAGCUGAUGAAGGCCAAGCAUGAGGCUGAGAAACAAGCAGCAUCUUUGAAAAAAAAGCAGGAAGAUGCACAUACCAAAGCAUCAGAGAGACUGAAGAAGUUGAAAGAUCACAAAAGUGCAGCAGCAUUAGAUGCCAUAGCCAACAUGACAAAGAAUUCCCAGUUUUUCAGAGUCAAGGAUUUAUCAGACCAUGCAGUUUAUCAGAUUCAGCGUGCAGAUGAGAAGCUGACAUUAUGUGGAAGCUGCAGGUAUCAAACUGGUUGCUUGAGGUGUGAUGCAGCCAAAGCCCUCAGCUACCACAUCAGAAAUGAAGCUCAGAAGGCCAAUAAAGUGCCAAAGUGGGAAGGACCAGGGCUGAAGGGGAUGGUGCGUUUUUUCUGCAUGUUUUUUUCUGAAUUUUUGGUGCUAGGAGGGAUGUUGUUGGUUGUGGUGGUGGUGGUGGUGGUGGUGGUGCUGCAGCUGCUGCUGCUGCUGCUUGCUCAAGUGGAAGCAUCAGGAGAAGAGAAGGAAGAGGACUAA